GACUGGGGGAUGGGGGCGCUGCCAGGUCCGUCUUUCCCCUGCCGUGUCCCCUUUUCUCAGCUCGGCGCAGACGCCAUGUUGGUUUGAAAGGAAGAUGACAAGAGGCGGCUGCGGGAGCGGCGGCGGCGGCGGGCGGCGAAGGGUAGCCGAGAGCGGCUCUCUCUGAGGGGCGGGGAGGGGUGGAAAAGAGAAGCCGAACUAUUUCGCUCUUCGCCCCUCUUUUCCUCAGAAGCGCCGGCUUCCGAGGGAGGAAAGAGAAGGGCGAGCAGCCCCGCCGCGUCAGCUGAGGGGGGUUUCCGUUAACCGCCUGCUGCCGAGGGAGCCCCUGGAGGACGGCGAGGAAGAGGCGGCGAAGGGUCUAGCGAGAGAGGAGCGGCGGCGGCGGCGAUGAGGAGAACAGAGACCUGAGGAAGGAGAGGCGGAGGGGGCGGCGAGUGCCGCCGCUGCUGCUGCUGGAAGAGGCGACUGCAGUUUAAAUCCCCCCUUGAGCUGCUGCCGCCGCCGCUGCAGUUUGAGGGGGGAGAGUGUCGUUUCUUUUGACGCCCCCCUCCUUUCUCCCCACCUUCGCCCUCCUUCCCCGUUCGUGUGUUUUGUUCUGGUUGUUUGUUUAUUUUUUGCAAAAAAGAACAAACGUCUAAAGGGAACCGAGAGGACCGAGAAGAACCCGCCCCAGUCUCUCCCUCAGCCUUCCUUCACUUGGAGAGAAUCGGUGGGUGGAAACGGAAAAAAAACCCCAGCAACACCCCCCAACAACUUCUGCUCCAGGGAAAGAGGAAGGUCGCCUUACUUCUCUCUCUGCUCGGAGUGCCUGCCUGCCUGCCUGCCUGCCUGUCGCUCGUUUUAAUGAGGAGGUGACUCGGGCGCAGAACUAUCCUCUGAAUCAUCCUCGUCAUUCAUUAUUGGUCUAGGCUGGAGAGGAAGAGCGAGAGGGGGAAGAGAGAAAAAGCCUGUACACAAUUCAUGCCCUUGUGUAUUUCUUUCUGGUCUACCUGGCACCGCUGGUGUUGGUGUUUGUGCUGCUGACGACAAGGAUCUGCUGCCAUCUCUGGUUUCCCUGGUGUUUCCGACCGAGCCUUUCAACACCAGUUCCUCUUUGGAUUUUGAUCCCCUCUAUCCACAGUUUCCUUGCCGUAGUUUAGGCGAAAAUAAAUCUCAGAACUUAACAGACGCACACCAAAGAUUGGUUACCUGGAAGAUCGUCUUGGCUGGCUUUCUUUUUUCUAAAAAAAAGAAAUAUUAUUCUGUACUUUCUGAAACCAUCAGGGUAAUAUCAAGAUGUCUAGCAGUGUUCCAUCUGAUAUGUUUUCCCCCUGUGGUGAGCGCGCUUUGAUAAAUUUGCGCCUCAUUUUGGUAAGCGGAAAAACGAAAGAAUUCUUGUUUUCACCCAAUGACUCAGCAGCAGACAUUGCAAAGCAUGUAUAUGAUAACUGGCCAAUGGACUGGGAAGAAGAGCAAGUAAGCAGUCCAAAUAUUCUGCGACUUAUUUAUCAAGGACGGUUUCUUCAUGGCAACGUGACAUUAGGAGCAUUAAAACUUCCUUUUGGCAAGACGACAGUGAUGCAUUUGGUGGCUAGAGAGACGUUGCCAGAGCCAAACUCUCAAGGUCAGAGGAAUCGUGAAAAAACUGGAGAGAGCAAUUGCUGUGUGAUCCUGUAAAAGCUCUGCUGUAUCUACUACUUGUGAUGUAUAAUAGUUUUCGUCUUUCAUGCCGCUGGACUAGAGGAGACCAACAUCGCUUCAAACACCCUUAGGACAAGCCUGUCUGAAUCCAUUGAACUGAAAUAUUACAUGAACGCUGUCACUUUUUUUUUUCUAGAACAAUGAACACUUUUUUAUUUCUACGUUUUAGGUUGUUGAACAAGCUUAUUAAUACAUCACUUCUCCACUUCUCCAAUGCAUUCUCUUUCCAAGAAAAGGUUAACUAUUCUCAACAGGAAUCAUAUUGCUGCCAUAAGAUCAUCCUUAACCUGAACUUUAACCAAUCAAGAUUUCUAGAUGCAAUUUGCACUAAAAAUGGUUGACGAUAUAUAGACCUCAUCAUCAAAAGCUCUUAAGUAUUUCAAACACAGAGAAAUGAAUCAGCACUGGAAAAUACUAUCAGCAGUCUUAUACUUUAAAUUCAGUAACGGCCAACUGAAAGGGGGGGGGGAUAACUACUAAGUAAGUAAAUUCUACCUAAGUCAACCUUGGUGGCCAAACUGGCACAAAAUACUAACUAAAAUUGUCUGAUUAUAGACAUAUAUAUAUUUUCACUGCAACAAACUAUGUGCCUGCAAUUUUAAAGCACUCUGUAGAGGGCUGUUGAAACUGAUUUUUUUCAUUGUUAUGCACUCUUCUCGUACAUUAGUUGAGUGCUUGUUCAGACAGCACAAAUAAGUGCAGAGAGUGCAUUUCCUAGCCUUAAUAUGGGAGGGGCAAUUUCCUGUAGUUCAUAGGCUUUUAUUAAUGUGCAUAAAUAUUAGAAGACCUCAUUUACUAAUCAAUUUUAUGUCUUUGAAUAUCAGCAAUUGAUGUUUUUCAAUCAUUCUUAGUCAUCCGUACCUUAGUGUCCAGUGUCAUGCUUACUCAUUAGUGACUUCAAACAAAUAAUUAAAAGGAAAAAUGAAAAAAAUAAUAGAAAAACCUCUGCCAUAUGAUGAGAUUUUGUUUGUUUAUUUUAUGUGCAUUUGGUGUUAGUGCUUGCAAUUGUAUUGGAAAUCAAAAACUGGUUUUUAAGGCAUACAUAUUUAGAAAGGAUGCCAUUUGUUUUCUUCAUAUAAUUUAAAAAUUGAUAUGCUAAAAAAAAUUGCACAGCACUAAAGCAUGAGUUAGUUUCAUCUAAACCUGUAAAAAAAAUAAAAAAAGAUUUUAUAUUUUUCCACUAGGGAGAAAUUCUUCCUAGUUGAAAUUACAAAUGUGUAGAAUAUAUUUAAUAAAAAUCUUAUAAAAACAUAACUAUAGAACUUAAAUAUAGAUUGGAGUGUAGAAUAAUACAACAAUAAUCCAUAUAAAUAGCUCUAGGCUUUUAAGAAAAAAUUGCAGGUUGACAUUUGUGUUCUGUACUUGAGUCCAUGGCCCUUACAAAUGUUCUGUGUUUUCUGAAUGAUCAACUUCAUUUAAAUGUAAUCAGGUUAUUUUAUUCAAUGUUAUUGCUUUGACAAAAUGCUUUAUAUGCAGUAGGCCUACAAAGAUAUUGUUCAUAAUGAUCAAAAUUAAAUUUGUAUAGAGCAGAGUUUUAAAACAAAUGUAAAUAGCACUAAACAUUUUCUUUCUGCAACCUGUACUGAUAGAUUCUUCUCUAAACUAAAUAAAAGAAGAAUAUUGUAGUGCAUUUGGUUGUGAUUUGAAAGCUAUGACCUGAUCUGUAUUGGGCAUCAGUGUUUUUAAGUCAUGAAGAACAUGUACAAUGGAAAUAUCCCUUCCUGGUUUUCUUUUUAAAUUAAUACUUGGGUUGAAAUCCGAGGAAGAUUGUAAACUUGCUUCGGAACAGGGAUGGAGGCAUUUUGGAUAUACUCGGCCUCGGCUGUGAAGGACUUUAUAAAUCCACAAACUCGAGUUUACCCCCCACCCCUGGAGUCAAUGAAUUGAUUGGGUAACCAAUGCUAAUAUUUAAAACACCAUUAGAACUUAACUUAUGAAACUGCAUGAGCAUGAGAAAUCUUAGUAUUUUAGCAUUCAAAAACUUAACACUUAAUUUAAAAAAAUGUGUACAUUCAGCUAUUGGCAACACUGAUCGCUAAAAGCUUCUUUAGAGACCCCCUUGCCAUUUCUGUUUCAGAACAGCGGCAGUUUACUCCCGAAGCUUUUAUUUUGAAGAGACUGUUAGCAAUGCAACCUCAUCUUAUCCAAUGCCUUUAGUUUGGUCCCAGCAUCAUUAGCAGCAGCAGCUCAGUUGGGUGAUGUCUACACUUGCUCAGUUUCACAUUAAUUGUACCUGAAAACUCUGGGAGUACACUUCAUUUUUAGAAUGACUUCAGAUUGAGUUCUGGGGAUUUAUUUGAAGCUGUCGGGAAGGAAGGCCACAUAGGAGUAAUAGAGAUCCAAACAUGUAAAAUAAAUGCACAUAAUCCAACAAGUUGGUGAGAAAAUUUUGCAGCAACUAUUGGAUAUAAUACUGGUCUUUACAAGUUUACAAAAUGAUGUGUUAAACUGGAAAUGAGGCCUGUUUUCCCUCUAGGAUUACUGACUGAUUAAAGAACAUUUAGCUGA